UUCGUCUGCGUUAUUGUCAGAAUCCUAAGCUGCUGACACUGACAGAUCGACGCGCCGGUUGUCAUUUUCCAAUAUAUUUUUUCCGUGCUCAUUGUGCGGCAAUGGAGAAGAUUUUUGUGUUUACUUGUCUGGCGCUGUUUCUUUGUGUGUCUGUUUAUGGAAAGAAAGCUGAGCCCGAUAAGAAGCCAGAAUGGGCCAAGAAGGAUAUUCGUGACUUCAGUGAUGCUGACAUGGAAAGGUUACUGGACCAGUGGGAGGAGGAUGAGGAGCCCUUACCACCUGAUGAAUUGCCUGAGCACCUUCGCCCCUCUCCGAAAAUGGAUUUAAGCGGCAUUGAUAUGAGUGACCCAGAGCAGCUGUUAAAAAUCAGUAAGAAGGGUAAGACCCUGAUGAUGUUUGUCCACACCGCAGAGGGAACUCCUCGUCAUGAAACUGAAGAAAUUACCAAAUUGUGGCAGACAGGCUUAUGGAACAGUCAUAUUCAAGCUGAAAGGUACUUGAUUGGGGAUGACAGAGCCAUCUUUUUAUUUAAAGAUGGUGCUCAGGCAUGGGAUGCUAAAAAUUUUAUUGUUGAACAAGAAAAGUGUGCCCAAGUUUUGAUAGAGAACAAGGCAUAUCCUGGACGAGCUUUCAUAGAGGGAGGAGAAGAAUUUGGACCUCAAGUGAGAGAAAGUGACCGUAAAAAGAGAAAAAUUGAACUGUGAUGUACUUAAGAUAGGAAAUAGGGUGUAACUCUCUCUCAUUGUUAAUUCUAAUUUAGUUAAGAUUUCUGUGAGUGGUUUGUUCCCAGUAUAAGUAGUGCUCAUGUGUACCUAUCAACAAGUUUCCUCAUUUUUUAAUUUUUUUUUUUGUUCAAGGAAGUUUUAUAUUUUUGUACAAAAAUGUUUGUUUUGUUUGUUGUACCAUUUGUGAGUUGUAUUUUUUUCUUAUUAUAAAGCUGAGACAGUAGUUACUGAACAAUCUUUCGGUAAAGUACAAAUCAAUAAUGGAAAUUAAAAGCACAGUUUACAUUAA